AUGGGGUUCUUCAUUCCCGCGUUACUGCUAGGGGGAUUUGGCAUGAGUCAGCACUUAGCCACGAAGGAAUUAGAUGAUUUAAUGAGAGAAUCUGAGAGGCCUCUCUUUGGCUUCUGGUGGGGCGUCGGUCUCGGCGCUGUCUUCGGCUUUUGGCUGGGCAUCAACUGCAGCGGCCUCUUUGAACGAUUUAGCAGCAUUUCUAAAGCAGGAAGGGCUCUCUUUAACUUCCCAGCAGAUGAUACUCAGCAGCAGCAGCAGCAGCAGCAGCGCCAUUAG